AUGCCAGUCGGGGUUGCCUUGGUCGGAGGAGGCAUUUGGGCUAGAGAGGAACAUGCGCCGUCUAUAGAAGCUGCCGAACACCUUGUCUUGAAGGCUAUUUACUCGCGGACCCUCAAAUCGGCUCAGUCAGCCGCCGACGUCGUGGCUGGUCCAGUGGACUUGUACGCCGAAGAGACCCCGAAUGGAUUCGCGGAGCUCCUGAAACGAACUGACAUCGCUGCUGUCGUCGUGUCGCUACCUAUCAAGGACCAGGGGAAAUACAUCCGUUCCGCUCUCUUGGCCGGAAAACAUGUUCUUUCCGAGAAACCCGUGGCCGAGAACGUCAAAGAGGCCGAGGAGCUGAUCAGGUGGUAUCGUUCCGAGAUCAAAGGCCCUACUUGGUGUAUUGCAGAAAACUGGCGUUUCCUGGAAAGCUACAGAUAUGCGCGUGACGAAAUUAAAGGGCUGGGAAGAAUCCUCGGGUUUCAGGGGCGACAGCAGGGUCUGGUCGUGAAAACGGGCAAGUUCUACCAGACCGAGUGGCGUAAGAAUCCCACGCACCAAGGCGGCUAUCUCCUUGACGGCGGUGUGCAUUACAUCGCGGGCAUCCGCCAGCUUCUAGGCGCAGAGUCUGGCACCCGGAUUGCCCGGAUUUCCGCCUUCACAAACCAGCUCCAAGACUACCUGCCGCCCGUCGACAGCGCCGAUGCGGUCAUGCGUACGAAAUCCGGCGUCACGGGCACUUUCCAACUCUCCGUGGGCACCAGCCUGCGUGCGGACGAGUGGACCGUCGCUUGCGAGGAUGGCUGGGUCAAGGUUGAAGGCUCACAAGUCACCGUUUCCCGAGACGGCAAGGAGACGGUCAAGACUGUCCCGAACGAGAGAACCGGAGUCCCACCCGAGGUCCGCGCCUGGGGAGAGGCUUUGGCGGCUGGGACGGUGCGGCCGGAGCAAGAGCCGGAGGCUGCUCUUGCGGAUCUUGAGCUGAUGUUGGGAUCCUUCAAAUUCGAUUGGAAACCCCAUAAGUGGGCGAUGCUGUUCUGCGGCAUCUCUGCCAUCGGUGCACUUUGCUAUGGAUACGACAACACCUACUACAACGGCGUCCUGGCCAUGCAGGAGUUCAAAAACGACUACGGAACACACUACGAUGCGAACGGGAAACUCGCGUUGGGAUCCUCGUUUCAGUCCCUCACCGCGUCCUCCAUCUACAUCGGAGACUUGUUUGGGGCCAUGAUCGCAGCCCCUAUCAAUGAUCGAUGGGGCCGCAAAGCGACAUUCUGGUUUGCUUCGUUCUGCAUCCUCGUCGGAGGCAUCACGCAGGUUGCCGAUACCAUCCAUCACGAGGCCAUCGUCAGCGUGGGCCGCAUCCUGAUCGGCCUCGGCGUCGGCCAGUUCACCGUCACGUCUCUCCUGUAUAUCGGCGAGGUGGCACCGUCAGCGAUACGCGGACCGGCCCUCAUGAUGUUCCAGUUCUUGCAGUCGUGGUCCCAGCUCGUUGCCUCGGCGAUCAACCAGGGGACGCAGAACAUCCACAGUUCUCUGUCCUACAAAAUCCCCAUGGGCGGCCUUGUUGUGUUGCCUCUCCUCAUGUUCGCCUGCCUGCCCUUCACCCCGGAGAGCCCCGCCUGGUAUAUGUUCAAGAGCAGGCGGGAGGACGCUGAGAAGGCCCUUCGCACCAUCAACCGUGGCCAGCCUUCGUACGACCCUGCCGAAGACAUGGAGACGUUGGAAAUCGCCAAGCGUGUUGAGGACGAACGUGCUCAGUUCUCAUCUUGGAAGGCCCUGUACCAGGAUCCUAUUGAGCGGAGGAAGGUUAUUUUCUCGGCCGGCGCCAUGUUUUCGCAGCAAGUUUGUGGAAUUCUUUUCUUUUACGUCUAUGGGGUUGUCUUCGUUCAGGAGAUUGGUGUAGCGGACCCAUUUUUGGUCCAGCUCAUCGUCAACAUCGUCCAGAUCAUCGCAGUUGGCGCCUCGGUCGUCACGGGCAACAAGGUUCGACGCCGGGUAAAUCUCAUGGUCACGAACGGCAUGAUGCUGGUUGCAUUCGUCGUCAUCGGAGGCAUCGGCACGCAGUCGACUCUCACUACGGCAUCCCAAUACGUCAUUGUCGUCUGCUCGUUCGUCGUCGUCGUCGCCUUCAACUUUGGACUCGGCCCCCUUGCAUACACCAUCGCACGUGAAAUGGCGGUCGGCACAAACCAGAACAAGAUCAUGUCUUCUUCCAUCGUGAUCUUCUACUUCGUCACCUGGCUCGUGUCGUUCACGGCGCCGUACUUGUACUACGAUGCUGGGCUGGGUCCGAUGCUUGGUUUUGUCUACGCUGGUACUACAGCCCUCGCCAUUCUCUGGACGUGGUAUUGCGUGGGAGAGACGUCGGGCAGGACGAACUUGGAAGUUUCCCUCUUCUUCACGGAGCUUGCGCGGUCGAGAGGAACUUAUCACGUCUUGCAAGGCGUCCAAUUGAAGAAGGGCCGGAUCCAGGACAAUCCCUGA